UUUUUCAAAAUGAAAAUUUACCACCCCCUAAUGCUGUACAUGGUCCAAAAGAAAAUGAUUAUUGGACAACGCAACGAGAAAAGGAAAGACCACUUUUCCGUUUGCUUUUAGAAUUUCUGUUGAUGCACCAAUUUCUGUUAAGUAGUGAAACCUGGCAUAAUAAUAAUAAAGAUACUCUAUUAAAAUCAAAUGAAGCCCUUGUAGUUGAGGCUUGGGGUGGACAAAAUCCAACCAACAAACAACCUGUAGAUGUUGUCUAUCGUAAACAAUUACGGAUGGGUGGUUCGGGUACAGUUACGUUUGAAAAUUGUACCCCCAAAAAUGGUAAAUAA